AUGUCUACUUCUACCCCUGUCCGGUCAGUCUUAGCUCCAUCCACAUUUCCCGUGAGCUCUCCUUAUCAACUCGAUUUCUCCCAUUCCAUUUGUGCCCGGACUAACUCACGACCUCCUUCUCAUCAACCUUGCUCCUCCUCUACAGAACCCGCUUCCGCCACUGUUCGAAUCCCAAACCAACAACCCUCAACUCUUGCGCAAUAUGUCUGCUGCCGAAACCGCCGCACCAGCCCCGUGGCCUUCCCCACCUCAGUCCGCUCCGGCCCCAGAAUCCGCUCCGCAUACAGCUGACGAUUGCUCUUCUGAAGGGCCUUUGCGAAGCCUUGCACAAAAGGCCUAUACAACAAAUAUUGUCCGCCGCGCCCGCCAGGGAGUCCCUUCUUUUGCGGAGCCUGCCGUGUCUCGCACAGCCAACACUGCUGACGUAGUUUUGACACAUGUCGAUGGCAGUCUCACGGCAGCCCAUAAAACACUUACUACCGACGAGGGCAAGGCUCUGCGUUCCGCCGCCGUCCAGUUCUGGAACGCGCUUUACGUGUUUGUCGCCAUGCUCGCCAUGGCUGCGCUACGUCAAGCCGAAGGCCUUCUCAGCAUCCACUAUGAUGACCAACCUGACGGUCAACUGCCGAAGCCACAGACUCGUGUCGUCGAAGUCUUUAAGGUUGCUGGUGGCAAGAUAAAGACAAGAUUUGAGAGGAGAGAAAGAGAAGUGCAAGGCACCGGCGAAGCAGAGAUCUACAAGAAGGCCAAAUUCGUUGGUGGUAUUUCUCUUGCAGUUCUCACAUGUGUUAUCACUGCGCUCACCAAGUAUUCCGGUCCCGCGAAAGAGUACAUUGUUCCGGCCGCGGAGCAGGCCGUUUCUGUCCUGCCGGACGAUCCAUCUCAUGAAAGUCAAGGAAAUGAAGCGGUAGACGACACGACGUCCGAUGGUGCAGUCUCCGGCCCAGAUCCCGAUGCCCCAUCUAGCCCUCUAGUGGAGGACUCUACGUCGUGACCUCUACAUGGGCGUGUGGGCCUACACAUCUCUGCUAUAAGACGAUAGCCAAUGUGUGCGAUUGCAGCAGUCGACUGAAGAAUUAGUUUGCUUAGUCACCACACAUACGUGCAAUGACUCCGCUAGUGCUUUCCACCAGUAGCUAGUCGUAAACCUCAUAGAAACGCUUUUAUUGCAAUUGUACAACAGAUGAACUUCAUAGCUCCG